AGAAGGGAGAGGGUGGAGGCACAGAGAAAGUACAGGGGUAGGUAAGAGGGGACACUGGGGCAGUUGGAUACACAGAACUGAUGCACAUUUACCUGCUGGGUAACAAACUGAACUCGUUGGGCAGUGCAGUCUCUCCACUGACUCAGGUGCAACUCCCAGGACUCCCUACGCCUGGCCAGACUGUCACUGGGACAUGCUGCCUGUACUGUUUGCCGCUUGUUGCAGUUGGUGGAUCUUAAGGGAAGGCGUGACGGCUAAGCAGCAGGUGUUCCGAGUGCAGCCGGACAAUAUCACCGUCGUGCAGGGAUCGACCGCACUGCUGAGUUGUGAGGUGGAACAUGGGACUGGUAUGGUGCAGUGGGAAAAGAAUGGACUCCUGCUGGGACCUGACAGGAAUAUCCCAGGGUUCCUGCGCUACAGCAUGACUGGAGACCCACACAAAGGAGAGUACAACCUGCGCAUUGAGCGUAGCGAGCUGGAUGACGACGCCGAGUAUCACUGUCAGGUGGGGAGAUCAGAGGUCAGCUUGGGCAUCAUUUCCCGCACUGCUCUCAUCAACGUCCUCAUUCCUCCCAAAGCACCCACUUUUGAAGAGUAUGCUGCGGGCAGCCGAGUGACUUGGGUUUACGGGGUGGAAUAUACAGUCACCUGCCAAGCAACUGACGCCAAACCGGCUGCUGCCUUGACCAUCAAAAAGAGUGGACUGGAGGUGUCUGGAGAUUCAUCUUCAAACCCAGGAUCCAGAGACAAAUUGGAGAACACAGCAAUGGUGGCAAAGGUCAUCCCCCAGAGCUCUGAUAAUGGGAAACUGCUGACCUGCUUGGCGCUAAAUCCAGCUCUUCAGACGCCAAUCACCGUGAGCUUCACCAUGAAUGUGCUGUUUCCGCCUAAUGCCCCGAUUAUAGAAGGUUAUAUUGGGCCAUCGGUUAAAGCUGGGGAAACACUGAAGCUCAUCUGCAUUUCUUUAAGUGGAAACCCCCUGGCCACAUUACAAUGGUCAAAGAACGAUGAUGUUGUGUCAACACGGUGGGAGACGGAUGAGGUGGUCCGAGCUUCUCGUAGUCACCUGACCCUGAAUAUUAAGCCUGCGGAUAACAUGGCGGUUGUGAGCUGUGAGGCUGUAAAUCAUGUGACUCCAGAGACUCUCAAAACCAGCAUCAUCCUCAAUGUUGUGUUUCUGCCAACAGAAGUAACCAUCCUUGGCUCAUCAAGUGGCCCAGAGAAAUCUAAUCUAACGUUCUCCUGCUUUACGGCUGCCAGUAACCCUCCUGUACAGAUCCGCUGGUGGCUGGGCCCAAAGGAACUAGUGAACACCAUUGUCACCAUCUCUGAUGCUGUUCAUGGUGGAAAGGUGACAAUGUCCAACCUCACUAUGGAGGCUCUUCGAGAGGAGCAUGGAAUGGCGUUGACCUGUGAGGCCUUUAAUGAGGCCAUUCUCUACACCAAAUCCAACAGCGUUACCCUAAGUGUGCAAUACCCUCCACAGAAUGUCUGGAUCGAGGCCCCUCCAGCUGAUAAGUUCUUCCGUGCGGGGACAUCAGUGAAGAUGACUUGUUUCUCUAGCGGUGGAAACCCGCCACCCAGGCUUACCUGGAUAAAGGAUACUAAAAGCCUGAGUGGGGGAUCGCAGAUCCAUUCAGGAAAAAUUGUCACAAAAGAAAUUACAAUUAUAACUGUGCCAAGUGACAAUAUGGCCACAUACCGGUGCAACGCCAGCAACAUUGGGAAGACGCCGGCGCUGACUGCCAGCACGAAACUAAAGGUCCAGUUUCCUGCCAUAGAUGUGAAUAUAAUUAGCAGCGCCAAAGAGUAUCGCCGCGGUUCUACCAUUAUACUGACCUGUGUCACCGGCAGCAGUAACCCUGCAUCUACUAUAUCCUGGGUGAAAGAUGGAGAGCAGUUAAAAGCUCAGGAUUUGGGAAGAAAACCAUCUCUGUAUGGGGGAAUUUCCAGUUCCAGUCGUGUCACACUGAAAGCAGCAUCUAAGGACAACGGAAGGCGCGUCUCCUGCGAGGCGUUCAGCAGCGUCCUCAACGAGGCCGUCAACACCUUCUACAAACUCAAUAUCCUGUUUCCCCCUGAGUUUCUGGAUGAUCAGCCGGCGGUGGUGCAGGCCGUGGAGCAUGGAGCUGCCCUUAUCCCAGUCCGGGUCAGGGCCAACCCACCUCAGAUCAACUACACGUGGAGCCUUUGGGGCGAGAAACUGAUCCGAGAUGGUGCUUACCGACAUCACCUGCGCGGUGAGGGGGCCCUCGAGAUAUGGAACGUGAGUCGCGCUGACUCCGGGGUCUACAAUGUGACUUGUGUGAAUAAAGAGGGGAAGAACAGCAUUGUAAUAAGACUGGAUGUGCAGUAUUCUCCCACCAUUCGAAGCCUUGGGGACACAGAGGUGGAUCUCGGUUCAGACGCAGAGAUCGCUUGCACGGCAGAUGCGAAUCCAGCGACAGACUCAAUGUUCCAGUGGAGAUGGCUGGGUGAUGAGGAGCGAGACCUCUCUGCCUUGGAACGCAAAGUGGAUGGAGUCAUUGGACGCCUGGUUAUCCGGGAAGCCAAGAGAACGGACGCCGGCCGCUACGAGUGCACCGUGGAUAACGGGAUCCCCCCCUCCAUCAAGGCUGAUGCUCGUCUGAUUGUCCGAUUUAAGCCUGAUAUACACAAGGGGGUGCACUUGAGCAAAGUGGCAGUUCCUGGUGAUGGGAAGAGCGUGGCAGCCUUGGUGUGUAAAGCUGAGGGAAUCCCGAGUGUGGCGUUUAGCUGGGCUAAGAAUGGGGUAUCUCUGGAUCUCAAAGAUCCCAGGUACUCAGAGAAGACAUUUCAUGAGCUGUCAGUUCACACCAGCACGCUGGUCAUUUCCAAUGUGAGCGCAGUGAAGGACUACGCCCUCUUCACGUGUACGGCCACGAACACCCUGGGGGUCGACAGUUUCACCAUUCAGCUUGUCAGCACCAGCCGUCCUGACCCUCCUUCAGGUCUGAGAGUCAUCGGUUUCACUCACAACUCGGUGACGCUACAAUGGAGUGCUGGAUUUGAUGGAGGGGCGGAGCAAAAAUUUCGAGUCAGGUACCGCUGGCCCGGCACCGACAGCCACAUGUAUGUAGAUGUAUUCCCACCCCAGGAAACCGUAUUCACCAUCACAGGCCUGAAAGGAAGCACCGCCUACAACUUCUCAGUCAAUGCUAUCAAUGCCUUGGGGGAAAGCGACUACGCAGACCAGGGGGCGGUGGUUAGUGUCACCACAAAAGAGACGACGUUGCUUCCGGUACCUACUCAGCAGCCAACCCGUGCACCCACAGCAGAAGCCCUUGAGUGGCCACCAUACAUAUUAGCAGCUGUGUGUGCCGGAGGUGCCCUCCUUCUGGUCUCCAAUGCGGCUUUUAUUGGGUGCCUCGUGAAAAGAAGCAGAGACAAGUCCCAAGGAGGAGAAGGUGUGAAGAAGGAUGAGAGCCAGCAACGCGCACUUAAUGAAUACGGAGACGGGGAGCUCAUCAACACCCACGCCAAGAAGACUCUACUGAUUGACAGCGGUUCCGAGACAGGUUCUAGUCUUUACCAAGACAGCGCUUCAGAAUCUGGAAUAUAUUACUACCCAGUUAGAGAUUACAGACCUUCGCUUUCCCCUCAAUAUGAGGUUCCAGAGAGAGGAGAAUCAGGGAUCCGAGGUUGGGAAGAGGGCGGCUAUGAAGACUGGUAUUCGACUUCCGAAGGCCACGAGUAUGAAGAAGUAGGAGAUUACCCACAAUCCUCUAGAGUCCGAUGGCAGAACAGAGAAACGGCCAAUCAGGGAAGAGAGGCAUCGUGGGCAGAAUACCAGGAUCCAGGCAGAUUAAGAAUCUAUGACGAGGCAGACGUGACCUUGUCUGACGUGUACGAGACUCCGUAUGGGGGGCGGGGGCAACUAGUAUAAUGAUGUUGUUUGCAAUCCUGCGAGGGGGUGGGGUUUAUCAUUUUCCCUUUAUUUUGAAUCCCGACAUAUAUAUAUGUCUACCUGUAAGAAACUUCUCACCUACUAUUACAUUACCCCCAAAGAGUGUCAAAAACAACAGCACAAUGCUCUGAUCCUUGGAAAGGGGGCAGGCUUACAGCUAUUUAUUUCAUUUUUUUCCACCUAUCUGACGCAGGUGGGGGUGGGGAGGAAGGAGACAGAUCAUGUAGGAUGCUCCCCUUUUCAAAAAAGGGGAGCAUUAAGAACUUUACACAUGGCUGCCUUUUUGCCUCCCAAGGUAAAGCAUCACAUGAGACAAGGGUCUCACCUUGCUUUAUGGCAGUAGUGCCCCUCCUGAUCCUCUGUCAGUAGAAUAUCGAGAAGUAAUUGAUGUGUAUAGUGGGGGGGUCUCCGGGUCUCAGAUGCAAUCAGGAACAUCACUGAGCUAUGAAGAAAGAAUGAUCUCCCGACAUAUUUGGAGACUUAAACCAUCCUUAUUGAAUUCAGGCUUAGAAAACUCUAUUACACUUUCAGCAACUUUAUUUUUGAUACUAAAUUCUAAAGGGAAACUGUCAUUUUUUAUAAUUAGAAGCAUAAAAGAGAAAAGCAAAAGAUCUGUAACGCACAAAUAUUUAUUAUUGGGCUAAAAAAUAACAGAUAGAUAGUCACAACGUCAAUUCCUCAGAUAUUUGCAUAAUAUGCAGAUGAAGCUGCACAAUACCCUGUAUUAUAUAUUUUCAUGAAAAACAUGAAGUAUCUUUUAAUUAACACAGAUGUAAUUAUAGGGGGGGGGGGAGUGCAUAACGACAUCACCUUUUUUAUAUGAUUUUACAGGUUUUAUAAAAUCAUAAACAAAGUUGCCACGUGUUUAAUAAGAAUAUUAUAAGAAUAAACACAACCUCUCGUUCCUAUGGAACAUACAGGGAUAUUAUUAGUCCUUUAUACCCAGGUAACGUUACUGGGCUGAUUAUAUCUGUGACCCGGAGACCCUUUCCGCUUUCCAUACACAUUACCACUUGACAUCCUACUGAUCCAGAUCAGCCGCUUGACAUAAAAUUGUGACAGAAAUUUAGAGCAGAGCCGGACACUUACAGGUAAUUUAUACCCUCCAACAAACUGCCCAACCCCCUGGUCUAGUCAAUAAGAAUAAUCUGAGCCUAUGUGUUUGCUUAAUAAAAACUCAUUUAUAUUUA